GGACCAGAAGCGGAGCGGUUCCCCUUCCUCAUCUCCCUCGUGUUAUUAGUUAUCAGUGUUAUUGUUACAUACAUCUCCUUUGCUAACGCAAAAAUGGCUGCCAACUUCCUCAUGCACGAGAAGAUCUGGUUCGAUAAGUUCAAAUACGAUGAUGCUGAGAAGAAAUACUAUGAACAGAUGAACGGUCCAGCUUGCAGUUCUUCUGGCCAGCAGAGUGCCAGCAGUUCUUCUUCCGCAGGGCCUGCAGGGGACGAAGGGGAGCUGAUCACUAGGAUUGCACACCUGGAGGCAGAGAACCAAAGCCUUCACAGUGUGGUUGUGGACCUGCAGCUUGCCAUCUCCAGACUAGAAUGUUGCCUGAAUGUGCUGGAAAAAGCAUCUGCUCAUCAUCCUUCCCCACCACCACCACCACCAACACAGCACGUCACCCCCAUGAGGAAGGUGGAACCAUAGGCUACUCCAUCAAAGAAAGUCAAUCUGCCUUCUGCUUCAGCCGUUGCGGAGGAAGACAAGGAUGACGACAUUGACCUGUUUGGAAGUGACGAGGAGGAGGACCAGGAAGCAGCCCGAAUUCGGGAAGAGCGACUAAAGCAGUAUGCGGAGAAGAAAUCCAAGAAGCCAGGCCUGAUUGCCAAGUCCUCCAUUCUCUUGGAUGUCAAGCCUUGGGAUGAUGAGACAGACAUGGCUAAGAUGGAAGAAUGUGUCCGAUCCGUUCAGAUGGACGUCUUGGUCUGGGGAGCCUCCAAACUGGUCCCAGUGGGCUAUGGAAUCAAGAAGCUCCAGAUCCAGUGUGUGGUGGAGGACGACCAAGUGGGGACAGAUAUCCUAGAGGAAGAGAUCACCAAGUUUGAAGACUAUGUGCAGAGUGUUGACAUAGCUGCUUUCAACAAGAUCUAGCAGCAAACCUUUACACUUUUUAAAGUUAAUAAAAGGUCAAGAGUUGGAAGAGCUAUAAAAA